AUGGGCGACAAGAGGCUCUACCCCGACCUACCAUGUGCGGCGGCAGAGCAGACGGACUGGUCUCUGAGCAAGGGGGCCGAUCCGAGGGGUCCUCGCAUGACCAGCUGGCCCUACACCAACAACCGCUUCGGAGUGUGGCUGACGUGCGAGAGGUGCGCCUUCAGGCUGGACUACGCUCCGAAGAAAGGGUGCAGGGGCAAGUGCCGCAAGGAGCCGAAGACGGCCCUGGUGACGGUGGCUCUUCGCCGGCUCCAGGAAUCGGGGUACACCCCGACGGCCGCGAGGGUCGAGGCGCGCAUGAAGGCCAUCGAGGCGGAGCGCGUCAUCGAUACGGGGCACUACAUCAAGAGCGACCCGGGCAAGGAGGGCUACUGGACAGCCCGCAAGACCGAGACCGAGGGCGUCAAGAUCGAGAUCAAGAUCGAUCCAGGGAGGCCAUCGGCGGCAGCCAGACCGUCGACUGGAGUGCCGACUGCGGUGCGCACCGUGCGCGCGGUCGGAGCGGACCCAAGUUCUGCGGCAUCGGAUUCAACGCCCCGCAGCAGCACGUGCGAUGUGGUCUCGAGUGCCGCGGCGGACCUGGACGAGACGCCCGCGCUCACGACCAAGCAGAGGGACCUCUUCAUCGAGUGGGCAGUCUUGGCCCGGGGAGUCAGGCGCCUGAAGGUGAAGCCAGAGGUGAAGCAGGAGGACUUCGUGGCGAUGCCGGUGCCGGGGGGCAUGGGGGAUGUCUACAUGAAGGGAAGCAACGGCAUGGCGGCACUGGGCAUGCUCGUGAACGGGCUGAUGCUGGGCCUUGUGCAGACAGGUUCGGCAAUUCGAGUGGACUUCGCCGAAGUCGCGUGCUCUCCAACUUCGAGGUUGACAGCCGGUCUGAUCAAUGAGGGUUUCAUUUGCCAGCGCAUCAGCCUGAAGCAGGGCUACGGCCUCCACAAGAAGGGCGACGCUCGUCGUGCCAAGGAGUGGUUCAAUACGACGUGUCCUCGCAAGGCGUGGUUUUCGACGCCAUGUGCCUACUUCUCGUUGAUGCAGAACCUUACCCCCGAACGCAAACGACGACCUGGCAAGUGGGGGAAUUUCCUCCGAUCGCGACUUCGGGCUCGCGCUAUGAACGGGCACUGCGUGGAUAUGGCCUUGGAAACUCUACGACGCGAUGGUGAUAUCUACUGGGGGUGGCCGUGCAAGUGCAGUGGCUGGUCUACGCCGGAGCUCAGCCGGUUCAGGCGCGAGGCGGAGAAUAUCAUCGGACGAUCUCUCCGCGUGGUCAGGGUCGACGCGUGCCAGGUCGGCAUGCGCGACGAUCAUGGCGUAUUCAGGAGCAAGUCUUGGGGUAUCUUCACCAGUGACGAGACCUUCACGCAGUGGAUGGCACUACGCUGUGCGAAAGACCAUCCUCGCAGCACGCUCGAGGGGCGCGACGCUGCGGCGGCGUCGGCCUACUAUCCGGAUCCGAUGAUUCGGAGAUUGGUCAAGGGUUUCGCCAAGGACCGGCGCGGUCAGGAUUUCGCGGAGGACUUCUGGGCAAUGAGCGCGCUGCAGGACUACGAGCAGCAGUUGCGCGGCAUCGAGUCGGGCAUAGACAUGCAUUUCAAGAAGAUGCAAGCGUUCGUGGGCGAGCUGAUCUGCGAUGCCUGCGCCGAGACCCAGGACACGAAGCGCCAGGCCGUGGUGUCACUCUCUAUGCCACCAAAGCUGUGGCAGACGGUGAAGCUGGACUGCUUCGAGCUGGAGGUGCACCACAGGAAGCUGUUCGCGGUGCUCUACAUGGACGCGGCCUGCAAGUUGGCAGUUCGCAGUGUCCUCAAGGAGGUGGAUACCAAGGGUAAGAAGGCGUACUUCCAGCCGUCUGUCGCCCAGGUGUUGUCGGCGUUCCUGGAGGGCUGGUGGCAGCGCAAGCCGCGGUGCCAGUUCCUGAUCUCGGACCCGGGCGGCGGUUUCGUGAGCAACCAGUUGCGCGAGUGGUGUGGCAAGAACGCCGUGGGCAUCAUCCAGAGCCCGGGCGAGUUCCAUGGUCUGACGGCCGACCUGGAGAUUCUUAUCAGGCAGAUCAAGAAGACCGCUCGGCGCAUCUCCUUAGGCGGGCCGACGCUAUCGUUGGCCGACUGUGUGUCGCUGGCCUGCGCCGCUCACAACAACCAGCACAAGGCGUCGGGCUGCGCACCAGUCCAGUGGGCGCACGGUACCAACCACCAGGGCUACCAGUUCGCGGAGGAGGCUGGUCGCCUGGAUGGGGGCGGCUUGGCACACACCGAAACUCAUCGUCUUUUGGCAGAGCGGGUCUACCUGGAGGAGCAGGCUCGUUCAGUGGCGAUUCGGCUUCGGCACUCCAUGAGGCAGAAGCUUCUCUCGAUCAAGAUCGGCGACUGGAUCAUGUACUUCCGCCGUGGUAAGAACACUGGAGCUCGAGGUUCGUGGUUCGGACCUGCGAGAGUUCUGGCCAUCGAGCUGAAGGUCAACCUCCAGCGUGAACGUGCCGACGAGUCCGCUUCGAUCGAAGACGAGAUUUCGGUGCUGGGCGCGGUGAGUCUACCGAUUUGGCAGGCGACCUACCUUCGGAGCGCGAGAUUGCCGAGGGCCUUUCAGACCUACCAGAGCAACCAGGACCAGGUGAAGAUUUUCUCCAAGGAGAUCGGCGUGAAUUUCAUGAUGGUGCUCAGGCUGGAGACGACGGUGCAAACCUUCAUCCAGUUCCUCGAGAUGUUCCUCCAGAUUUGUCUCGAGUACCAGUUCCAGAGGAUGAUGAUGGACCAGGCCGAGAUCUUCACCAAAGGGUCCAAGUCACAGGAAAUCACCAGUGGCCCUGCAGGUGCUCUGAUUGGCGAUGAAGCCGCGGUAGUUCCCCGAGACGGUAGCCCGGCAGAGCCUCUUGGGGUGGGACCCGACUCUGCGGACGGGCCGGUCGCAGAGGGUUACGCGGGGAACCAGGGCCCUGCCGGGGAGGCCCCCACUAGUGAAGCACAUGAACGUGACAUAGAGGAGCCAGAGACCAAGCACAUCAAGCUCGGAGAGAUGGAUUUCAUGACGCGCGACUUCGAGGACGAGGUCAAGUACCUGGAGGCCUGGGGCAACUUCAACAACCAGUCCGUGGCCUACCUGAAGGACACGACCCUCGAGCGCGAAGUGAUCGAGCCUUCUUUCAAGACUCUACGAUCUGGCAAGAGGCUUGGCGACGGCAAGGCGACAGAGGUCACCUACUCCAAGCUGGCGCCAGGGCAGCAGCUCGAGUUUGACGAAGCGAUGUGCAAGGAUAUCAGCCAGGUCAUUGCGACCAAGGUCUUGAAGCGCAUCGCCCAGGAGGAGCUCGCCGAGAUCGACGAGUCGCGAUUGCUCAAGAUGCGCUGGGUCCUCACCUACAAGUACCAGGAGGGUGGCGCACGCAAGCCGAAGGCUCGGUUAGUCAUUCUGGGCUACCAGCGCCCGAGUCUGACGGAGCUCUCUACGGCGGCGCCUACGCUGGGGAAGCCGGCUCGCAACAUGCUGCUCCAGGUGUGCGCGCAGCACAAGUUCAAGCUCAAGUUCGGCGACGUCAGCUCAGCUUUUCUCCAGACCGAAGCGAGCGAGGAGUUCGAGAGUCUGAAUGUGAAGGUUCCUCCGGAAGUGGUUCAUGCUUUUCCUGAUGAGCUGGGGCGUCCUUCGCAGAUCUUGAAGAUGGUCAAGUCUUUCUAUGGAUUGACGACAGCUCCGAGAGCAUGGUGGCUUGACAUAUCACGCAAACUUCGUGACCAAGGUUGGCGACAACUACGUACCGACCAAUGCGUGUGGAUCUUGCUGGAUUCCAACAACCAGCUGAAGGGUAUCAUCGGCGUCCACGUGGAUGACUUCAUCAUCGGCGGCGACGAGACGUCGAACUUGUACGGGGACGCGGAGAAGGCCAUCAGGGACCUCUACAGAUGGGGCGCAUGGACUUCCGGCCUGGCCGAGUUCAGUGGACUACGCGUUCGCCAGUUCAAGGAUAUCUCGAUCACGCUGGACCUCUACGACUACACGAACAAGUUUAUCACGGAGGCCGAGAUCGACGCCGACCGCAAGAAGCAGGCUCAUCUACCACUCGAGCCGAAAGAGAUCUCACUCCUUCGUGGAGUACUGGGUGCAGCCAGUUGGAGGGCACAGCAAGUGUCCCCACAGUAUGCGGUGGACGUUGGGCUUGCUUUGUCUCAAGUCAACAGCGCCAAGAUCAGCGACUUGGUGAAUGCCAACAAGCUUGUUAAGGACAUGCGUAAAUCGGCCUCGCAGGUGAUCAAGUUUCACCAGUUCGAGAACUACGAUUGGCACGAGUUGUGGAUGGUGCAGUGGGCGGAGGCUAGUGACAAGCUCAGGCCCGAUGGCAGCAAGACUGGCGGGCUGGUGACAGGCCUCUCGACUCCGGAUUUUGCGAACGGCAGCGUGGCAAACGUUUCGAUACUUGGAUGGAGAUCCUUCAAGCUACCUCGCAAGAUUUCGGGCUCCAACAACAACGAGACGCAGUCGACCGCGUUCGGCGACGAGAGUUUGUGGUUAUCUCGACUGAUGUGGGCAGAAUUACAUGGAGUCGAACCGACUCGUUGGAAGUUGGACGACGCUGUCAAGACCGUGCCAGGCAUGCUCAUCACAGAUUCACGCGGCAUCUACGACGCGAUUUUGAAGUCGGGGUCUCCUCAGUUGGGCAUGCGCAGCUUCAGAUCAGGCGAAGAGGCCAGAGGCAUCAAGGAACAGAUCUUGCGCACUGGCGUUUCUUUUAGAUGGGUGAACGGUUUGGCCAUGCUAGCAGAUAGCCUGACGGAGCCGGGAUAUCCGGCUCGACAUGUGAUGGAAGAGUUUUUGGCCACGCAGCGCUGGAAGUGUACUUCUGACGAGAUGUUCCAAAGUGGACGUCGGAGGCAGCGCGAUGGCAAGGGCGCUUUCGCAGGCGCGCCCGAGGAGGCCGACAGUGGCUGCAGCGAAGGUUUUUUAGAUCCUUUGGAGUCGUUGUGCGACGAUUCCUUUCUUUUUGAUUCGACUCGCAGCCUAAUGCGGUCUCGGUGCAUGUAG